GAUUCGUGAGAAGGAAUCGGUGGAGGAAGUAAAGCACCAGGAACACUUGCAGAAAAGGAUGGAAACGGUGUUGUCCCUGAAAAAUAGCAUCAGUUCAAACCGGGAAAAUCUCCGAACUCGUCAAGUCCUGGGCAAAUUGAUUGGACUUGAUGCUCAAGAGCAAGAUCAGAAAAUCAAGGAAGCCAUUCAGGCUGAAGGACACAACGUGACCCGGGAAUUUUUUUGCCAGAAGCGACAAAUCGAGUUUGAAAAGCGGAAAAAGGAGUUUCUGGACCAGCAGAAGACAAGGAAAAUCGAAAUCGUCGCUCGGAUUUUGAGAGAAGAAGCGCAGGCGGAGAGAAUAAAAGCGCAAUCUCGCCCCCAGAAAUCGAAAGGCCCGGACAAACUCUCCGACGCCGUUAAGUGGCGCUUGAAAACGUGGCGUUACAUUGAGGAAACGUGCAGCGAUAAGGUGGUGCCCGUCACACCGAAACCUUGGCGCAGCCCUUCUGUUUCCCCCUCGCUGGAUGACAGAAGUUGUAACGCCUCUUGCGACUACAUCCUCGAAAGCAAAACCGAAGGCGAACAGGAAAAUGAGGACAAUAUUCUCGCGGAGGCCGAAUUUGUGGGGAUCUGGGACCAGGAAUAUAACCCGCUGCAGAUCUUGGAUGACAAAAUUGAUUCCAAACCCCUCGGGGUAUCGAAACUCGAAAAGGACAUUUUUGCCCGGAACUUGGAAAAGCUACAUGCCGGAGUCAUUCGCAAACACCGCGUUUGCGGGCGUGAGUUUAAAGGAUGUCCUUUUUACAGCAAGCCGAGCCUCAUUCAUUUCAAG